UCCCCUUCAAAGUACAUAUUUGACAGGGCAGAGUCAAGCAGAGCUUGCACUCCAGCUCAGAUUCAGUUAGGACCAGACGCCCCGGCCCUUCUCCCACUCUCCUUUUGGACGUUUAGUUGGUGCAGCACAACAACAAUAAGCAGCCAUGGAUGCCAUCAAGAAGAAGAUGCAGAUGCUCAAGCUCGACAAGGAGAAUGCCUUGGACAGAGCUGAGCAGGCUGAAUCAGACAAGAAAGCAGCAGAGGACAGAAGCAAACAGUUAGAAGACGAAAUGAGAGAGCUGGAAAAGAAAUUGCGUGCUACUGAAGAUGAAAGAGAUAGAGUGUUUGAGGAGUUCCAAACUGCUGAAGAGAAGCUGCUGAGUGCUGACGAGACCGCCACCACGGCUGAGGGAGAGGUCGCUUCCCUUAACAGACGUAUCCAGCUGGUUGAGGAGGAGUUGGAUCGUGCUCAGGAGCGUCUGGCUACCGCCCUAACCAAGCUGGAGGAGGCUGAGAAGGCUGCUGAUGAGAGCGAGAGAGGCAUGAAGGUCAUUGAGAACAGGGCCAUGAAGGAUGAGGAGAAGAUGGAGAUGCAGGAGAUCCAGCUGAAGGAGGCCAAACACAUCGCUGAGGAGGCUGACCGCAAAUAUGAGGAGGUUGCCCGUAAACUGGUCAUCAUUGAGAGUGACCUGGAGCGUACAGAGGAGCGCGCUGAGCUCUCAGAAGGCAAAUGCUCUGAGCUUGAGGAAGAGUUGAAAACUGUGAGCAACAACCUGAAGUCACUGGAGGCCCAGGCUGAGAAGUACUCACUGAAGGAAGACAAGUAUGAGGAGGAGAUCAAGGUCCUCACUGACAAGCUGAAGGAGGCUGAGACCCGCGCAGAGUUCGCUGAGAGAUCAGUAGCCAAGCUUGAGAAGACCAUUGAUGACCUGGAAGAGAAACUCUCACAAGCUAAAGAAGAGAACCUCGAUAUGCACCAGAUGCUGGACCAGACUCUAAUGGAACUGAAUAACUUGUGAAAAGGACGGCCUGAGCCCACACACACACACACUGUGGUUUUGGCUUCUCUUUUUUGUUUUGUUUUGUACUCGCACCUUGCUUGCUAUAAAACUAGGCUGGAGAAUGAGCAGCCAGAUGCUAUUCCUGUUGCACAGUCAUGCCUCCAGCGAAACUCGACCAACGAGCCAAGCUAAGGAGUAAAGCUUAAGCAUUCCCUCUGAUGAAGCCAAAAUUCAGAGACACAAAUCUUUUCGCAGGCCAGUUUUCAUGUCUGCCUCUUGCAGUCAAUACUCAUCAGGUAUAUUUCAUUCUACCUUAAUUACAAGCAUAAAAAGACACCAAAGGACAGUGGAUAAAUUCUGCUUUCAAUAAAACCUCAUAAUAUUCAUAGUCUGUUUAAAAACGUUGUUUAAAAAGAAGCCCCUCGGUGUAAUGACACCCAGGCUACGCCUGUCAGUAUGUACAGAAUACCGGUGCUACUGUAGUCUUAAUUUUGUGUAUUGCAAUAAAUUAAAUAUUACAUUUUCUCGAAAAAGCAAUGGUUUCAGUUUCAUCUUUGUUCAUUAGCCUGUCAGUCAACUGGUUGUGCAUUGUUUUAACUUUGUUUUCAUGUAGGAGUUUUUAGUUUUCAAAAUAUCUGAUAUGUAAAAAUUCUGAAUAUAAAUAAAAGCAUGUUUUGAAAGUUU